AUUUAGAAGUCUAUGACUAAAUAGAUUGUAAAGCGACUUCUCUGCCGUCCAAGAUAUUAUUGUUACAAAUGUCUUCUCUUGAAAAGAUAGGGGGGACAACAACUUCAAGACUAGCCAGGGAAACCCCAAACGUGUUGCUAAUACACAUGCCACCAGCACCAUAUAAAAAUAAUCGGACAGAGCAAGCCAAAGAAAUUUAUAAAGAUGACAAACCUUCAAAAUUGUCGUCUUCAAGAUCACACAAUAAUAGAAUUUGUGCACAUGUUUAUAUAUGUGUAUGCGUGGAGUUUAUGUUUGUCUAUAUACGUAUGUGGUUCAUGUUUCUCCAAGGUGCAGAAAAAAAAGUCUGAAUGAUCAUUGUUCCUUGACUUAACUCAUCUCUUGGUCAACAAUAGUGGCAUCUUUGCAUGCAGAAAGACUACAGGAACUAAAAUCCUGGAAAGAGAAGAGAUAUAUAUGGUUGGCAUUUACUGAAUGUGGGACCAAGAACAAUGAAAACUUAGACGGUGACCGAUUCCUAAUCUCUGAAAAUAUAGCUAUAGCAUACCUUACCCAUAUCAAAGGAGCAAUCAUUUGGUAGCAUUUAUAUACCAAGAAAAUUGAUAACAAGAUACCUAAUACUUAAAAUUUGUACAGAAUAUCGUCUGUUCCUCCUUGUCCAUCUCCAAGGAGGUCAUUCCAAAUCCAACAUGAGGGGGGAUCAAGAGCUACAAGUCAUCGUUCAGCAGGGGAAAGAACCAAAUCUGACAGUUCAAGAUGAAAGAGAUUCGGUCAGCAGCAGCCAAACAGAAGUAUCUCACUCAGACAAAUACAAACGGUGGCUCCGGGUGACUAUCUAUACAUUCCUUGUCAUUUCAGGCCAAACAGUUGCUACAAUUCUGGGGAGAUUAUACUAUGACAACGGAGGAAACAGUAAAUGGCUAGCAACGGUAGUUCAACUUGUUGGCUUUCCUGUCCUAUUUCCAUAUUAUCUCUUCUCACUCAAAACACAUGAAACAACUCCUAGAGAUGGAAAAAGAACCUCACCGAGGAACCGUGUAUUGGUUUACGUAGUGCUUGGACUUCUCGUAGGAGCAGAUUGCUAUCUGUACUCCAUCGGACUGCUUUACUUGCCCGUUUCUACCUAUUCCCUGAUCUGUGCAUCUCAGUUAGCCUUCAACGCUUUCUUCUCUUAUUUCCUCAACUCACAAAAACUUACUCCUAUCAUUUUGAAUUCUCUUUUCCUACUUACUAUAUCUUCCGUCCUCCUUGCGUUCAAUAAUGAGGAGUCAACUGCCACAAAAGUUACAAAAGGAGAGUAUGUCAAAGGUUUCAUAUGCACUGUUGGUGCGUCUGCUGGGUACGGUCUAGUCUUAUCCCUACAACAGCUAGCCUUCCUUAAAGUCCUAAAGAGGCAAACUUUCUCAGAAGUUAUGGAUGCUAUAAUUUACGUGAGUCUAGUGGCCAGCUGUGUUAGCAUGGUGGGUCUUUUUGCUAGCAGCGAGUGGAAAACUUUGAGCAAAGAAAUGGAAAACUACAAACUUGGGAAGGUAUCCUACAUUAUGAACCUCGUGUGGACAGCUAUUACCUGGCAGGUAUUCUCCAUCGGUGGCACAGGACUAAUCUUCGAGCUUUCCUCUCUAUUCUCAAAUGCAAUAAGCGUUCUGGGACUCCCAGUGGUUCCUAUCCUGGCUGUCAUCAUUUUCCAUGACACAAUGAAUGGGUUAAAGGUGAUUUCUAUGAUCCUAGCUAUUUGGGGUUUUGCUUCCUAUGUUUACCAACAAUAUCUUGAUGAAAAGAACUUGAAGAAAAGUCAUGGAAUCACAACAACAGAAUCUCCUGACUUACCAGAAGCAGAAGAGUCAUUUGGCAAUCAAAAUAAGCUGAAAUCUUGAAAGAUGGUGUUCCACAGUUUACAGACUUCAUCGAGCUGAUAUCGGCCUGGAGGCAGCCUACAAUGAAGAAUAAACAUACAAUAAUUUUGAUGCAACUCAAAUGAAGUCUCAGCUGAAUUUUCUUUUGCAUCAUUGUAACAGGAGAUAGAUUUCAUUUCAAUAAAUAGUGAAUGACUCUGGUUUAGUUUUGA